GACGCUCGCCUCCAUACAUUCGGUCGCGUUCCUUUUCGUCGCUCCGCCGCGCCUCCAGGUGUCCGCGGCGGCGUCACCUGCCGCGCGUCGCGCGCCGCGCGCGCGUCGGCCCCCGGCUGACACUUCUUGCAGCGUGCGGGCUAUAAAGAGAGGGAGUGGCGCUCCGGCUCGCACUGACGGGAGAGACUCCGCGCGCGGACUGCGGCUCGGCGGCGCCCGCGAUAACAUGAUUAGCGCUCCAUUACGUCCGCCGCCGAGGACAACUGGACGCGGAGCGCGAGAGAGGAGACGCGGGGCUGACGCGUUCCCGCUGCCGUCGCCGCAUGGACGCUUCCCUCCUUCUGACCUGUCCGAGGAAGUUGAGCGUGCGCGCGUCUCUGCCACCGCUUCUUUGUUCCGAUGAACUGAGCCUCGUGAUCAGAGCCCAUCGACGGCGAUGCAGAGCUCCGUGAUAAAGACUCGGGGACCUCUGGGGGGGUGAUUCCAUCACGUCCCCCCCCUCAGCCAGCGUCCGGCUCUGCCCUUCCUGCUGGAGGACACCUGCCGACCUCCGGUGAUGGAGUUCAACAACGCCUCCAACCUGACGGCUCAGCGGAGCCCGUACGGCCUCCACGUCUCGGUGCCGCUCACCAUCCUGGUGGCGUUCAUGAUCCUGCUCAUCGUGUUCGGCAACGUGCUGGUGGUCAUAGCCGUGUUCACGAGCCGGGCCCUCAGGGCUCCCCAGAACUUGUUCCUGGUGUCGCUGGCGUCGGCGGACAUCUUGGUGGCCACGCUGGUGAUGCCCUUCUCCUUAGCCAACGAGCUCAUGGGAUACUGGUACUUCGGCAAAGUGUGGUGCGAGAUAUACCUGGCGCUCGACGUUCUGUUCUGCACGGCCUCCAUCACGCACCUCUGCGCCAUCAGCCUGGACCGCUACUGGUCCAUCACGCAGGCCAUCGAGUACAACCUGAAGAGGACGCCGCGCCGCAUCAAGUGCAUCAUCUUCAUCGUGUGGGUCAUCGCCGCGGUCAUCUCGUUCCCGCCGUUAAUCACCAUGGAGAAGGAAACCAGCGAGAAGAGCCCGGCGUGCAAGAUCAACAACGUCACGUGGUACGUCAUCUCCUCCUGCAUCGGCUCCUUCUUCCUGCCGUGCGUCAUCAUGGUCCUGGUCUACGUGCGGAUCUACCAGAUCGCCAAGAAGAGGACGCGGGCGCCGCCGGGGGACAGGAGGGGGAGGGCGGCGGCCGGGAAGCCCGGCGCCCUGGCGAGGGCCAACGGCGUGGGCGCCGCGGCGGAGAAGCUGAACGGGGAGCAGGACGUCCGGCUGCAGGAGAGGGCGGAGGAGGCGAAGGCGGAGGCCAACGGCGUGGACAUGGAGGAGUCCUCGUCCUCCGACCACAAGGUCAACAACCCCUGCUCCGUCAAGAGGAACGCGGCCGCGGGGAGGAGCGGGCCGAGCCAGAUCAGGCCCGGGGACGCCGAGGCCCGCCGGCGGCCCGGCGCCAAGGGGAGCCGCUGGAGGGGCCGGCAGAACCGCGAGAAGCGCUUCACCUUCGUGCUGGCGGUGGUCAUCGGCGUCUUCGUGGUCUGCUGGUUCCCCUUCUUCUUCACCUACAUGCUGAUGACGCUCUGCGCCGCGUGCUGGGUGCCGGACACGCUCUUCAAGUUCUUCUUCUGGUUCGGCUACUGCAACAGCGCGCUGAACCCCAUCAUUUACACCAUCUUCAACAACGACUUCAGGAGGUCCUUCAAAAGGAUUCUGUGCAGGAGGGACACCCGGCGGCUCGUGUGACUGUGUCGUUGUGUACGUACUUUGUGUGUACGUGGUGAGGCCCGGUUUUCAGGGGUCACGGGUCACUUCUGCGGGGGUCCGGCCACGAUCGCCCACCGCAGCUGCUCGGAGAGAGAGAGGCCGAGCAGAACACCACCGUGGAGCUAUCACUGGAGUCUCAUCGUGAAAGUCACUUUUACUUUUGAAAAAGAAACUAGUGAAGUCCAUAAUAUGUGUUGUACUUUACGACAGUAUGUUGUACAAACGUACCAGUAGAUAUUUGUCUAUAUUUUCGUUGUUAUGGAUACGACGACGGCGUAAGAAAUGUGGCAUCUCUCUAAAGAAUAAAACAGCAUCACCUGUUCCACAGCAAAACAC